AGGUGUGGAGAAACCGAGGGGAGAGAACCCGAGUGUGUGUAUGCGUGUGCGUGUGUGAGCGCGAGCGAGCGAGCGAGGGAGAGGAGCGAGAGUGCGAGCGAGAAAGAAUAAAAGGAAAGAAGAUUUUCUCUAUGUAUAUAAAGAUGGCCACGUUAGCAAACGGACAGGCUGACAACGCGAGCCUCAGUACCAACGGGCUCGGCAGCAGCCCGGGCAGCGCCGGGCACAUGAACGGAUUAAGCCACAGCCCGGGGAACCCGUCGACCAUUCCCAUGAAGGACCACGAUGCCAUCAAGCUGUUCAUUGGGCAGAUCCCCCGCAACCUGGAUGAGAAGGACCUCAAGCCCCUCUUUGAGGAGUUCGGCAAAAUCUACGAGCUUACGGUUCUGAAGGACAGGUUCACAGGCAUGCACAAAGGCUGCGCUUUCCUCACCUACUGCGAGCGUGAGUCAGCGCUGAAGGCCCAGAGCGCGCUGCACGAGCAGAAGACCCUGCCCGGGAUGAACCGGCCAAUCCAGGUGAAGCCUGCGGACAGCGAGAGCCGAGGAGAAGAUAGAAAACUCUUCGUGGGCAUGCUCAACAAGCAACAGUCCGAGGACGACGUGCGCCGCCUCUUCGAGGCCUUCGGGAACAUCGAGGAGUGCACCAUCCUGCGCGGGCCCGACGGCAACAGCAAGGGGUGCGCCUUUGUGAAGUACUCCUCCCAUGCCGAGGCGCAGGCGGCCAUCAACGCUCUGCACGGCAGCCAGACCAUGCCGGGAGCCUCAUCCAGUCUGGUGGUCAAGUUCGCCGACACGGACAAGGAGCGCACGAUGCGGCGAAUGCAGCAGAUGGCUGGCCAGAUGGGCAUGUUCAACCCCAUGGCCAUCCCGUUCGGGGCCUACGGCGCCUACGCUCAGGCACUGAUGCAGCAGCAAGCGGCCCUCAUGGCGUCAGUCGCACAGGGCGGCUACCUGAACCCCAUGGCUGCCUUCGCUGCUGCCCAGAUGCAGCAGAUGGCGGCCCUCAACAUGAACGGCCUGGCGGCCGCACCUAUGACCCCAACCUCAGGUGGCAGCACCCCUCCAGGCAUCCCUGCACCAGCCGUGCCUAGCAUCCCGUCCCCCAUUGGGGUGAAUGGCUUCACCGGCCUCCCCCCACAGGCCAACGGGCAACCUGCUGCGGAAGCUGUGUUCGCCAAUGGCAUCCACCCCUACCCAGCGCAGAGCCCCACCGCCGCGGACCCCCUGCAGCAGGCCUACGCUGGAGUGCAGCAGUAUGCAGGUCCAGCCGCCUACCCUGCUGCCUACGGUCAGAUAAGCCAGGCCUUCCCUCAGCCGCCUCCAAUGAUCCCCCAGCAACAGAGAGAAGGGCCUGAGGGCUGUAACCUGUUCAUCUACCAUCUGCCCCAGGAGUUUGGGGACGCUGAGCUGAUGCAGAUGUUCCUCCCUUUCGGCCGGCACCCCGUGCCCUCCCGCUGCCAGGUCCCCUCCUGUCAGGGAGGACAGUGUCCAAUAAACUCCUCCACCCGCAGGCUUCGUGAGCUUCGACAACCCGGCCAGCGCGCAGACCGCCAUCCAGGCCAUGAACGGCUUCCAGAUCGGCAUGAAGAGGCUCAAGGUGCAGCUGAAGCGGCCCAAAGACGCCAAUCGCCCGUACUGAGCGCCGGCGGGAGCGUCCCCCGGGGGAGACCAGGACUCGCACAGGGCAGGAUGCUGAACGGGCUACAUUAAAAAACAAACCUCUCUCUAUAUAUAUUUAUAAAUGAGAACUGUUGGAUGACACCUUUGACAUAUCAGCCAAUAUCAAUCAAGCUGAAGACUCCAGACACUGUCUGAGUGACUGUAACAUUUCUUCAAGGAAAGUAUAGCGUCUAUGGAGUUCAGAGGGCACGUGUUUGGGGGGAACAAUAUAUAUGACAUAAAGAAGAAGAUGAUGAAGAAAAAUGAGAAAAAAAAACACAAAAAAAGGCAACUUUAAAACAAAAUGAGACCAGACGGGGAGGCUGCAGGGCUGGGAACUGGGAGGAGACGCUGCUGCUUACCGAUCCCGGGGCUUUUGCAGCCCAGGGCGCCUGAGGAAGGCUGGGGCAAGCGGUGCAGUGGGGCCUGGUCCCCAGGGGGCGGCUGGGAGGCCGCCACUGAGCAUCUCUAUCUGUCAUUCCUUUAGCUAUUUAGGGACCAAAGGACCAAACUUUUUAUUGCAGAUGUGUAGCUCUAUGUCAAAUAGGGGGAUGGAGGACAGCCUCCUUCCUGCCUCCUGGCUGUUCCUGAAACAGCUUAGAGCGAUUCUAUGAAAAAAAUGUAAUAAAAAAAAAUUAAAAAAAAAAAAACAAAAAAAAAAGGAAAAAUAAUGCUUCAAUGCUUUUAAAACAGCAAGAUAAUAGUUCUUUGAUACUUUGAGAGGCGCUUUGAUUACCCUCAUUCAAGUCUAUGACACUUUCCUAUGGUUUUCUGUAUUAUAUGUCUGGAUGGAGCUGUUAAGACGAACAAAUUGGUGGAUAUUUGGGGAAAGCAACAAAAGUAUUAAAAUUCAUUAACCGUGAAGUGUGAGAAAACAAGGAGGGGAACAAAGGGACUUGUAAGGCAAGGUCAUUGUUGUGAAAGUCUGUAAAUGCUUCUAACUCUUCCCCCCUCUUAAAAUCAUAAUAGUUGUACAGAAUUUUAAAAAGGAAAAGUUUAAAAUACCUAUAUCAUAGAAGAAAAAUUAGAGGAAAGCAAAAAAUAAAAAAAAUAAAAAUAAAAAAAGGAAAAAAAAAAACCUAUAGAAGUUAGCGUUACUGCUAAAAAUCCCAGAUGUUGUAGGACUGUACUUUUGUAGAGUUUAGACUGAGCAUCAAUCCCUUCUCCCCGCGAGUGCUGUCGGACGCCGUUGUCCCCGAGGGCCAGGCCGGACUCGCCGCAGACCUGCGGGCUCCUGGCUGCCAUCGCCGGUGGAGGCCGCACCAUCGGCCGGGACGGCCGCCUCGCCCGCCGCCGCCGCCCUCGCCUCCGCUUCGCUCCGGGAGCUGCGCGCUCGCCCGCUGCCCGCAAGCCCUGACACCUUCCGCUUCACUCGCCUUCCAUGCUUGCUCCAGAGACUUUCCGGGCAAGGGAGAACUGGGAACUUUCAUCUUAAAACAACUAGACCACACACACACACACA